CAGUGUUGGGAAUGCAGCCACCACUCCCACUGGAUGCAGUCAGAGAGCUGGUGUGUUCCUGUCUUCACAGAGACCCAGUAGCCGCUGACCUGAGAUGCAGCCUGUUUGUGGCCGCUGCUCAGAACUACAAGAGGGACUCAGUGCUCAGACCCUACCCCCCCAGAUACAUCAGAGACACAGACACCAAGGACUUUGAUGAGCUGGUGAGGAAUCGGACAGGACAGAAAACUCUUGAUAUUUUCCAUAUCAAAGAGAAUGCUUAACUUAUAAUUCAAACCUUCAGAUACAGGCUCUCUGCCUAAAAGUCAAGCAUGUUAUUCACCAUCACUGUACACCACACCUGUCCUGUCCUACAGCUGUACUGGGUAAUAGCUGGGUCUACUGGUUAUAGUCUGGGUCGUGUUCAUGGCACACAACAGAAAAGGUUUUUAGAACCUUUUGCAGUGGAAAAUGAAAUGGAGCAUUUCUUAUUUCUUAAGUCCAGUUAGUUCCUCUCUGUUUCAGUCAGUUUUCUUCCGUUUGGUGCCUAAUGAACAUGACGCUGCUCUUGUAUUCUUUCCAGCUGUCAGAUGUGAGCAGUUUGCCUGGUGUGAGGGAGCUGGUGAGACUGAGACCUGGUGAAGCAGACCAUCAUCUGGCCCUCACACACUGGGUUCUCUCCUCCAAGAGCUUCGCUGUGAAGACACUACAGAAAGACGAGGUAAAGGCAAUAAUAUCUCUUAAGGAAAAUAAGUGUUCAGGAUACACACUGCACUUCUUUGGGAUCUUCUUUUCUUUUAAGUUAUGGUUGAACAUUUCCCAUGCUCCUGCAACAAGUAUCUUCAGAUAUCACCUUAGUCUAUGUUCUCAGAGAGAUUAUUCUUUGAGCGAUGUCCCUGCCUGCUCUCACGUGACUCUCCAUUAGUAUAUUACAUUUGACAUGCUUGUUCCCUCCUCUCCGCUGCCCUCUCCACUUCCCUCUCCGCUGCCCUCUCCACUGACCUCUCCGCUGCCCUCUCCGCUGCCCUCUCCGCUGCCCUCUCCACUGCCCUCUCCACUGCCCUCUCCACUGCCCUCUCCACUGCCCUCUCCACUGCCCUCUCCGCUGCCCUCUCCUCUCCACUGCCCUCUCCACUGCCCUCUCCGCUGCCCUCUCCGCUGCCCUCUCCGCUGCCCUCUCCGCUGCUCUACAAUAGUAUGCCAAGCUGUGUAACCUGACUGAGAGUGAGGGGAUCUCCACGCCUGUCCCAGACUUCCUGUUUGAGCUGGAGUACUGCGACCAGAUGAACGCUAAGUUUGAGAAGACACGGGCGGGACGCGACCUCUUGUAUGCAUUCCACGGCAGCCGACUGGAGAACUUUCAUUCUAUCAUCCACAACGGACUACACUGCCACCUCAACAAGGUCAGUGGAGUUACAGGAAGAUUGCAGCUUCACCAGUCCUGUGAUGAUGAUCCUUAUAUUUAUUUUGUUCCCAGUAGCCCUGCUUCAGUAUAGAUUUUCAGAUUGAUGAUUUAUUGGUUGGUUGAUUGAUAUUUUCACAGAUAAUUUUUAUGUUUAGACAAAAGCCAGUAUUAGCUACAAAAGGAAUGGACUUGCAUUGAUGAAGUUGCGUUUUUGACAGACUUGUUUUUGGUGAUUUCUCUACAGACGUCGUUGUUCGGGGAGGGCACCUACCUCACCAGUGACCUCGGCAUGGCGGUCCUCUACAGUCCCCAUGGCAACGGUUGGCGUGACAGUCUCCUGGGACCGUUGCUAAGCUGUGUCGCCAUGUGUGAGGUCAUCGACCACCCGGACGUUAAGUGCCAGGUGAAGAGAAAAGGUCAGAGCUUUGUCCAGAACAUUUACACAACACUCUUAUUUAAUUAGGCACCCUGAAUAUUCUCUAGCUCGUCCUACCCCAUGUCAGUUCUCUUAGUGUUUGCCUCUUGCACAACAAAUGAGUGGACCAUGCAACAAUGGCUGCCUCUCAAAGCCAGUAAUAAUUUCCCUAAACCUGUUUCAGACUCAGAGACCAUUGAUCGCCAGCGCUCCAGAGCCAGGAACAGUGAAGGAGGAGAGGUUCCUCAGAAGUACUUUGUGGUCACCAACAAUCAGCUCCUCAGAGUCAAGUACCUGCUAGUGUACUCUCAGAGAAGACACCUGUCCAGGUUAGUACAUUUACAUUUUAGUCAUUUAGCAGUCGCUCUUAACCAGAGCGACUUACAGGAGCAAUUAGGGUUAAGUGCCUUGCUCAAGGGCACAUUAACGUCAUUUAGCAGACGCUCUUAGCCAGAGCGACUCACAAAUUGGUGCGUUCACCCUAUAGCCAGUGGGAUAACCACUUUACAAUUUGGGGGGGGGGGGGGGGGGGGGGGGGGGGGUUAGAAGGAAUACUUUAUCCUAUCUCAGGUAUUCCUUAAAGAGGUGGGGUUUCAAAUGUCUCCGGAAGGUGGUGAGUGACUCCGCUGUCCUGGCGUCGUGAGGGAGCUUGUUCCACCAUUGGGGUGCCAGAGCAGCGAACAGUUUUGACUGGGCUGAGCGGGAGCUAUGCUUCCGCAGAGGAAGGGGAGCCAGCAGGCCAGAGGUGGAUGAACGCAAUGUCCUCGUUUGGGUGUAGGGACUGAUCAGAGCCUGAAGGUACAGAGGUGCCGUUCCCCUCACUGCUCCAUAGGCAAGCACCAUGGUCUUGUAGCGGAUGCGAGCUUCAACUGGAAGCCAGUGGAGUGUGCGGAGGAGGGGGGUGACGUGAGAGAACUUGGGAAGGUUGAACACCAGACGGGCUGCGGCAUUCUGGAUGAGUUGUAGGGGUUUAAUGGCACAGGCAGGGAGCCCAGCCAACAGCGAGUUGCAGUAGUCCAGACGGGAGAUGACAAGUGCCUGGACCAGGACCUGCGCCGCUUCCUGUGUAAGGCAGGGUCGCACUCUCCGAAUGUUGUAGAGCAUGAACCUGCAGGAGCGGGUUUACAUUUUAGUCAUUUAGCAGACGCUCUUAUCCAGAGCGACUUACAGUUAGUGAAUAUUUUUUACAUUUUUAUACUGGCCCCCCGUGGGAAUCGAACCCACAACCCUGGCGUUGCAAACGCCAUGCUCUAUCAACUGAGCUACAUCCCUGCCGGCCAUUCCCUCCCCUACCCUGGACGACGCUGGGCCAAUUGUGCGCCGCCCAUGAGUCUCCCGGUCGCGGCCGGCUGCGACAGAGCCUGGAUUCGAACCAGGAUCUCUAGUGGCACAGUUAGCACUGCGAUGCGGCGCCUUAGACCACUGCGCCACUCGGGAGUUCAGUACCUGCUAGUGUACUCUCAGAGAAGACAGCCUGUAUGGAGUGGUACACACUUAUAUCAGAGGGUGACACCUCUGUGAUAGAGGUCUUCAGGGAUCCACCUGUACCCGAUCCAGAAUUGUAAAUAAUGUCAAGGGUCAGAUAUGAUAUGAUUGUCACGAGUCGAGAGAGAGAGAGAAUUAAAAGUUAAAGGAGCAGGAUGGGCUACAACGACCACGAACAGGUAGGCUGCUAUUUUUUAAUUGAGUUGUUGUAUGUAACUGUGUAGGACGGGAAAGCCAAUGCCGCCUCAGUUAGCCUAGCUAGCUAACGUUAGCUAGCUUAACUAGCUUCUCCCGGUUUGAUGCAUUCCAGACGGGUACUACGUAAUCACAUUACAUCAUAAAUAACAUAACUAUGGCAGCUAUUAGUCUCCUGUAGUGCGAGUCGGCUUGGUUGGUUGCGGACUCUCGUCUGUCCCUCUCUCCUCCCUGUUUCCCAUGACAGUCCCAGUAGUCUCCACACGCAACACGGUUCCUGCUAGAGAGCCACCUCUCCUCUCCUUUGCGCUUUAUCAACUCCGGUUAAUAAAGCAGGUUAAAUAUGUACUUUUUCUGCAGCAUCCCUCACUCGGAUCGGACCGGGUCUGGAUCCAACCAGGUUUAUACGGAAAGGGUCUAGUUGUCCUCGGGUCCAUUCGGAACUGGUUUCUAUAUUUUUUUAAAAUAAAUGUAAUCACAUCGGAUCCGGAUGGGAAAGCCCCAGGUCCAUUUCGGGAACUGACCCGUGAAGGCCUCUACUCUCCUAUAAACAGUAUGGUAAUUGUGAUAGUUGUGUUAUCUUCGCUGCCCUCUAGUGGUGUCGUGGUGGGUUGCCAGUACAUUUAGUAGAACUGAUGAACAUUUCAACAGGAUGACAGUUCUGUAACUGCUUCAGAUUUUCUCUCAGAUAGGAUCAUUUGACUUGUGUCAUAUUAUUUUAGAUCUUAGAUGUCAUCACUUGUGUGACGUGAUUGUAAUGUGAUUUUGUGACGUGUUUCCAGACAUUCCCGGGGCAGGUCGUGGCCGGUCAGACAUCACUUUGCCAUCAUGAUGAGUCUGUACCUGCUGCUACUCAUCUUCAUCGGUGCCUUCAACUCUACCACAUUCCUCUCCUUCUGGAACCGGCUGUUCCGGUGACAUCACAAUCACAAGAC